CUGAGGUCUGGUGACGUGGAACCAAACCCGGGUCCAAAUACCAAGCUUGGGGAUCUAAGUGAGCAUGAAUUGUAUCUCCUUGCUGACGGUAUGGAUCCAUCAGACCUUAGGAAGGUCGGACUAGCUCUAGAAUUCACUGAAGCUCAAAUAAGUCGAUUCAAGGAAGACAACAUUGGAAACAUAAUGCUAGCUACCUACAAGAUGCUUUGCGAAUGGCUCAAAACAGUUCGGCAUGAAGAAGCGAGGGAAAUACUGUCCAACAAGUUACAAGACAUGCAUCUGGUACAGCUGGCAAACAGUGUUCUAAAAGGCCAGACCGGUGAUCACAUACCGUCACUGACAGAAGAGGAAAUCCAACGGGUCAUCAAAGAGGUCAAAGAAUAUUCUGCCCUUCAUCACUGUCAGAUUCCAGCAGAUCCACUGAACAGCAGUCUUCUAUUUCAAUUAGACCAGAUCUUCACCAAUUUAACGUUGAUAGAAGAAGGCCGUGGAACAACCCUAAAGGCACCGCUACUCUACGCAGACCUACUCAAGACUAAAGUCAACGGAGUCCUUCCUAAACGUUUGUUGGUUGAAGGUGAAGGUGGUGUGGGGAAGACAACUCUUUGUGCAAAGAUUGUUUGGGACUGGAUUCAUGGAGCUGGCUACCAAGAUUUCAAACUGGUUCUUCUCGUCCUUCUACGUGAUUUAGAGGGUAAGACUCUUGGAGAGAUACUAAAGUCUUACCUCCCAGACGACAAUAUGGUUACAGCUAUGCAGCUAAACAAAUAUGUCUUCUCACAUCAGAAAGACGUCUUUCUUGUUCUGGACGGCCUAGACGAGUUAGCAGGUGAUCUAAAUAACCCUCACCAGAUCGCCUUGAUCAUCUUAAAUCGGCUGUUUAAGUCAGGGAGAGUGCUAAUCACAUCUAGAAGAUGGCGAUCAGAUGAGGUACGGAUAAAUUUGGAUCUUAGAAAGGUGUAUGCUUUCAUUGCGGUCGAAGGAUUUUCUGCUAACAAUCUUUCUUCCUACAUCACUAAGUUCUUUCAUCCAGACACAGCUUCAGCUGAGCAAUUGAACCAAUUCAUAUCAACCAACGAUGUAAUCAGAGAAAAUAUGGCCCCGUUUCCAAUAUACACAGCAAUGCUGUGCGUCAUGUGGAAAGACUUUGAUGGUGAACGCCGUGUUGCAAUGUCCAAACUGCAAACAUUUUCCCAACUGUUUGAUGAGAUGAUCCACUUCUUAAUAGAUCAUUAUCUUUCCAAGCUUCAUAUGUCUGCAAGUUAUAAUGGUGGAGAAGUGGAUCGAGAACGGAAGAUGAUCCUAUGUCAUCUAUCCAAUAUUGGUUGCCUUGCCUGGCAGGGGCUCAAUCAGAGGAGGCUAGUAUUCACCGAAGAGGAAUUCCAGACCUGGCCGGGUUCUGUGGAUACAGGUUGCCAAGUCGGAGUACUCACUAAACAAAGGCAAACCCUUUCGCGGAGAGAGAGAAGACACCAUUUUCAUUCUUCAAUCUCAUCUGUCCAGUUCCCUCAUAAGCUGUUUCAGGAGUAUCUAGCAGGAAUGUAUCUGACAUCUCUUCACAACUCAAACAGAAGCGAGUACAACAGGUUGAUGAAGGACAUAAUCGGAAAUGCAAGCGAAUUCCGGGAGCUUCUGUACUUCACCUCGGCCCAGAAGAAGGAGGUCGGAUUGGAUAUCGUGUCUCAUCUCACAGCAGCAUCAAGAGGUACUUCAACGUGGCAAAUGGGAUAUGGGCGAAUCGAUGAUGACUUCAUUGCUGAUGUAGCAUAUGAGAGUCAAGACCAAACAGUGGCUAAAGCUGUGGCAGAUCAUCUAUCGACUUCAUCCAGCAAGGCACUUGUGAUCGGGGAGAAGAUACCGGCGCACACAGUAGCGGGUCAUAUCUUCAUCAUGAAUCAUCAUAAAGUGGCAUGUGGAAAGACUGCUUCAGAGGACCUGGCUGACUUCAUGUGCUCCUCAUCCACUCUGAGAUCAGCAUGGAUCGCUAUCUCUUCGGGCCAAGGAGAGGAUAUGAAUGAUAAUUUCUCCGCGAUGCUUGCUCAUAACGCCACUCAUUCGAAAAUUGUGUAUCUUGAGAUAAAGUACAUUGAUCUCAGUCAACGUCUGUCCUCAUCACGUGAUCUCGCUGAGUUCAUUUGUAAGAUGCCUCAUCUUAGGAAUCUUUGUUUCGGUGAUAAAUAUGGAAACGCCCGUCCCUCACUUCAUGAAGAGUUCUAUUCAACGUUAUCAUCCUUAGCAUCAUCCGCAAAGAUUGAGCGUCUUGAUAUCAAUUACAUUGAUCUCAGUCAACGUCUGUCUGCAUCACGUGAUCUUGCUCAGUUCAUUUGUAAGAUGCCUCAUCUCAGGGAACUUCUUCUCGGUGAUAAAUAUGGAAACGCCAGUCCCUCACUUCAUGAAGAGUUCUAUUCAACGUUAUCAUCCCUAGCAUCAUCCGCAAAGAACGGUGGUGUAAAAAUAAAGAUGAAUCCCUCGUUAUCCGCCACACCCGCCCAAGCCGCCACAGCGGUUUGA